AUGCGAGACGAACAAAAGGAAUAUGCCACCAUUUCAGGCGUGUGGACCCGCUUAAUUCUCUUUUCAACCCUCGCCACAGCAGUUAUUUAUGUUGCAGUGGGUUUGUUUGCAUGUCGGCGUCUUAUACGAACAAAUUGGCAGUGGAUUCUCAUAGCUGUGGUAUAUUUUGCAGUCGGUUUAAUCCAUGCAUUCUUUUCCUUAUCACUAUUGUGUUUGGCCAUUGGUUGUGUCUUUUGGGUUUUUGGAGCUGAACCCAUGAGUUUGUUGGAGAUUCUCACUUACACUACAAUUAUGGUGGUACAUAUGUGUUUCUUUGCUAUGGGAAAGAAAACUAUUCUCCAUGCCCUUUGA